AUCCGGAGCAAACGAAAGUAACCAGGUCCCCGUGUGUAUGGGAGCUUCUCACGGGAUAGGGAUUAAAUGCCCGAACUCGCUAAUUUAAAUAGAGGUUAACGAAGCAGAACCGAUCACCGGCCAGAGACCAAUCGACGACAUCCCCGAGGUCAACCCCCCGGCAGGGCCAGACGACGACGACGACGACGACGAUCUUGGCGGGGAUUACGAGGAACCCACACCCGAACUUAGACUUCAGACUCUGGCUACUAGAGCCUUGGCGAACAACACCGGCUACGAUACCGCCUGCUGUCGUGUGAACGGGCCAUCCGCAGAAGCGGUAGGAGCGCUCCGACCAGUCACGGCAUGACUUGGAUACACAUGGCUUGGAUACAAGAGCUGAGAAAGGAGGAGCUCGCCCAGCGACUAGCUGUCCUGGGAGAGGAUAACGCCGGGGGAAUCGCGGAACUACGAGCGCGAUUCCGCGACUUCGUCCGGGCGCACCCGGAUGAUGAACAGCUACGCCGCUGGAAGACAAGCCACAAGACCGCCCCGCUCACUAAUGCCACAACGACACACGCUCCACCGACCAACGUGGAGCCACCGACCCUGGCCUAUGCCGCACCCAGGGCCAUCGACCAGAUUCGCAAAUGGAAUUGCCAUUUCCAAGGGAAAGAUCUCCCAGGGUUCGUCGAGCGGAUCGGCGAACUUAGACGGGCCUACCGCAUCUCGGACGAGGACCUCCUACUAGGCCUGCCGGAACUACUGCGCGGGACCACCCUCAACUGGUUCCGGAAUCGAGAGGAUGACUGGGACACCUGGGAGGACUUCAUCCGCGAUCUACGCAACGCAUACGAGCCGCCAUUUCACCAGGCGCUACUUCAAGACCGGAUCAGUGCCCGACGUCAGAGACCACGGGAGCCGAUCCAAGAAUACGUCACGGACCUACAGACGAUGUUCCACCGCCUCGGAACGGCCACGCCCGAGCAGGUCCUCGAUCGCGCCCUACUAAACAUGACGGCAGAGUACCAGAUGCGAAUCAAGCCCAGCCACAUACGCACGCUAGACGAUCUCGUACGAGCCGGGAAACGCAUCGAAAUGUGCCAACAGAGAUGGGCCACCGAUGCCCAGCAACAGCGACCAACACGUCCAAUUCACCGCACGGCCACCGCAUGUGCCGACAUGCCUUUCGACCGGGACACAUGCUGCUGGCGGUGUAAGCAGCCGGGACACACGCGACGAGGAUGUACGGCCCCGAGGAAAAUCUUCUGCUCGUACUGCGGCACGGAUGGGACAACAUACCGGGAGUGCGCCUGUGCACGCCCGGGAAACGAACAACGGGCCGGGGCACAGAAUGGUGUCGCCCGGCCCAACGCCUAGACGACGGAAGAGUCGCGCUAACCGUGGGCUUCGGGGAGGACACGAUCCAAGGCCUCCUGGAUACAGGAGCUGCUACCUCCUACAUCGACGAGGCCACGGCUCAGAAAUGCCGCGAACAAGGAUGGACCGCCCAGGCUGAGUACCUCUCGGCUAUGCUGGCCGACGGCAUAGAACGCGAUAUUGACGACAGCUGCGAGGGAGAAGUGCGGCUAAGGGGGAAGACCAUCCGCCAUCGCUUCCUCGUUCUCCCCGGGCUACCACACGCGAUGCUCAUAGGCGCCGACCUCCUAAACCGAUUAGACUUCCGAGCCACCAUCGCAGGACAUUUGGUGUGGCUACCAGCCACGAAGCGCGCUAUAACGGGCAACGGUGGCCGGCCACCCAACGCUAAGCAGAGCCACCUCGAGACCGUUGAGGGACUUGCGAGCGUACCGUCUCCGUCCUCGCGCGCGACCCCCUGGGAACUCGCAACCGGCCCAAUUCGGCGAGCCGCCCGGUGUCGGCAUCCU